AACGCCCAGCUCUUUGGGCUACUCUCCGAUCUCCUCCAACAGGUGGAAUCAUUAACCAAUCAAGAAGAAGUUGAGUUGCGUGCCAAGAUUGAAACCCUGGGGUUGGAGGUCAGGAAACUUCCUUCGAAAUCUGCUCAACAUCUGAAUGAGAUGGAGAUAGCAAAGGAAUUGGACAAAUUAUCUGCAAAGCUUGAUGACGUCGAUGAGCUAAUAUCCUCAACAAUGGCUGAAGACCCACAGGUCAGGACUCUUUUAAGCACUACAGCCGAUGUCUGGAUGCCAGUUAUUACUGCGACUUCUGAUGAAAGGCGUAAUUUUACCUCUGUGGCUGGAGAAAACUGCCUAGAUGUCAAAGGGAAAGGCUCUCAGAAGCAAUAGUUUUAGAAAUAUGGUAAAGAUUUUUAUGCACUCUUCUAGCCUAUGCACCAGAUGAGCAACUCAUGUCAGAUUUGUUAUAAAGGGAAACUAUGAUGGUGCUGAGCAUUACUUUGGGGAAGUGGGUGUCAAUUGUGGCACCGUUCAUCCUUGGGCGAUAUUAAAGUGUAUCAACUCUCAUAGUGCAUUGUAUUGAUAAGGAGAACCGACCUGUAGGUCUAAGUUAUGAUUGUGUGGUUAAAUUUUUUUGUCACGUACGAGUCUUUAGUGUCCAGUUCUUGAAUAAUACUUGCUGUUUCUUCAAUCUUUUAACCUUUCUCAAGAAAGGCAAAAUAAAUAUGUUCAAAUGCUGUUUC